AUUAAAACUUACUAAUUUGGAUAUUAUUACUUUUUUAUGUUCUAGGUUCUAGGUUCACAUGUAAAUCUAUAAUUUAAGAAAUUAUGGCAAUCAAAAUCCGUUAAUGUAAAUUCUGAAUACAAAUAUUUCAAUACUAGCAAUUUCUAAAAUAUUACACACAAAUAUACAAUUUCUAUAGAAUAAUAACCUAAAAUGACAAUUCUGAAAAAUAAUUAAUGCAUUAAUGAUUAGUAGCAAUGAUAAAACAAUUCUUCCAAAUAAAAUAUAUCACGAUGAUCAUGCGCAAAAGAGCUGCACAACAUAUAUACGAGAGAGUAUAGUCCUAUUACCUAUUUUUCCGACUCUAGCAUGUGGUUGAAAUAGUCAACUGGUAACUGUGGGAUAAUAUAGUCACUAACUUCGACAACAUCGGAUAGCAUAUACAAGUUUGGUGACACAAUGAGGUCUUUUCACGUCGAGCAUUUUUUUUUGUGAUUUCAAUAAUUAACAAUAAAUAUAAUCGCGUGAGUGAUCUAAUAUCGUCAAUCAACAAAUCAAUUUAAUAAAAUAACUAAUAAAAUAAAAUAAAAUAACUAAUCAAUUAAAUAAAAUAGUGUAACAGGUGUUUUGUGUAUAAACGUGAGCGGUAUUUCAUAAAUCACGUGAUAUUGUCGCGUGAAUCUUCGAAGCCAUUACAUUUCUUCGUAAUGCAAAAAUGCAGAUAGAUUGAGAGAAGCUGUUGCAGAAUAAUAUGUUGGCACGGUGAGGCAAGAAGUGUCUAAAUAUAUCACAUUGGCUGUGUAAUGGUCGAGAAAUGCUACUCCUAUACGUCACUGUUGCAUUUAUACCCGAUAUUUUGGGAUUUCCGAGAAGAAUACCUAUCGGAGGUUUAUUCGACAGUGAUGAGAUGAUUCAAAAGGCAUUUGAAAUAUCAAUCAAAGCGGUAAAUAAGAACUUCACUGCCGCCCAGCACGCGAAAGACAUAUUUUUAAUACCCAAAACAGAAAAAAUCAAUAAGAAUGCAUUCCAAGUAGCAAACAUAGCGUGCGAAUUGGUAAGCAGCGAAGUGGCCGGAAUAUUUGGUCCCCAGGACAAGUCGACAGCGAGCUACGUUCAGAGUAUGUGCGAUACUUUGGACAUACCUCAUAUCGUUGCCAGAUGGGAUUCCGAACCGAAACGCAGCAAUGUAAUAAACCUAUAUCCACACUCCGACAUACUUUCCGUGUUUUUUCAAGAUUUAAUAGAAGAAUACAAGUGGAAAGAAUAUGCGAUACUUUACGACAAUGCGGAUAGCUUGAUUCGCAUGAACCGCUUGCUAAAGUUACCAAAUACGACUACCAUUAACGCGAAGGUGUUCCAUUUAGGUAGUGGACUAAAUUUUAGGAAAGCCAUGAAAGAAGUCAAAAUGUCCGAAUACAGAAAUAUUGUGAUCGAUUGUUCAUACAAUAUUCUUGCAUCUGUUCUCGAACAAGCACUACAAGUCGGAAUAUUGUCGGAAGGAUAUAGAAUAAUUAUUGCUUCUAUGGAUUUGCAGACUCUGAAUUUAGAACCGUAUAAAUACUCCGGAGUGAAUUUAACAGGGAUACGUUUAAUUGAUCCGGAAAGUUCAACUGUUCAACGUAUCCUCCAAUUUCGACCUCUUAAUUGGAGCUUGCCAAAUGGUUCGCAUUUAAAAGUGGAAACGGCACUCGCUUAUGAUGCAAUACAACUUUUCGCGAGCGGUUACGCGCGAUUACGCGAUAGCAUCAAAGGAGAAAACUUUAAAGCGCUAUUUUGCAACGGAACGGAAAUUUGGGGACACGGUUUCAGCUUAAGUAAUUAUAUACGAAACGAGCAAAUACAUGGACUGAGCGGUAUGAUAAAAUUCGACACGGCUGGAUUCCGAAGCGAAUUCGAAUUGGACAUCGUAAAUCUAGGAAGUCAAGGAUUACAAAAAGUUGGAAAGUGGAAAACAAAUUUUGGUUUUCGAUGGAAAUCAGAACAUAGAAUCCCUGGAAUAGAUGAUGAAAAGAGUUUACGUCAUAAGCAUUUCCUUGUUCUUAUAGCAUUAACAGAUCCGUAUGGGAUGCUUAAAGAAUCAUCUUCUAUAAUGACUGGAAAUGAUCGUUAUGAAGGCUUUGGAAUAGAUAUUAUUUACGAAAUGAGCAACAUACUAGGAUUUAAUUAUACUUUUGAAGUUCAGACCGACAACGCUUACGGAUCAUUUAAUAACGUAACUCAGAAAUGGAACGGAAUGCUAGGAAAAAUAAUCGCCGAUGAAGCAGAUUUAGCAAUUACGGACCUGACUAUUACAGCGGAGAGAGAAACCGCAGUAGAUUUUACGACUCCGUUUAUGAACUUAGGUAUAAGUGUUCUCUACAGGAAACCAACAAGUGCUGCUCCAGGUUUGUUAUCCUUUCUCGGACCGUUUUCGACUGAUGUUUGGCUGCAUCUGAUCGGAGCAUAUGUCGUCGUCUCAUCGUUGUUAUUCGUCAUUGGAAAAUUCUGCCCCGUAGAAUGGACGAAUCCGUAUCCGUGCAUCAAGGAACCGGAGGUAUUGGAAACACCCUUCACUCUCUUGGACACUCCAUUCCUCGUGAUCGGAGCUGUACUAAAGGCUGCUACCGGAUUUGCACCAGCAGGAAUUUCAACAAGAAGUUUAGCUGUUGCAUGGUGGUUUUUCGCUCUUCUUAUGGGAGCAACGUAUGUCGCUAAUUUAGCAGCCGCAUUGUCCACAAAAUCUGUUGUAUGGUCCUUUAAAAUAGUAGAAGAAUUGGCUUUCCAACAGAAAAUCAAAUAUGGUGCAAAAGAAGGUGGUUCGACGCUUGCGUUUUUUAGGGAUUCCCAACACCCACCAUAUAGAAUUAUGUAUAAUUACAUGAUGGAUCAUAAAGCUGAAGUGCUUAUGGAUAGUAACGAGAAGGGCGUAUGGAAAACGCAGCACGAAAAUUACGCAUUUCUUAUGGAAUCUUCAUCGAUUGAAUAUAUCAAGCAAAGAAAAUGCAAUGUAACGCAGAUAGGUGGACUUUUAGAUUCCAAAAGCUAUGGAAUAGCGAUGAAAAAAAAUGCGCCCUACCGUACGGAGCUAAACCGUGCCUUAUUAAGGCUGCAAGAAAACGGCAGAAUCGGCGAGCUGCAAGAUAAAUGGUGGAGACAGAAGCGAGGCGGUGAUACGUGCGAAGAAAAAGGAAAAGUCCAAGUGGAACCAUUAAGUUAUGAGGAUGUCAAGGGACUAUUUAUAAUUAUGAUAACCGGCAUUGCAUUGUCCUGGAUUAUUGCAGCAUGGGCAUUUCUUUGGAACAUUCGAGACAUUGCAAUCAGACAUAACGUAUCAUUUAAAGAAGUGAUAAUAGAAGAAUUAAAAUUUUUGAUUAAAUGCAGUAGCAAGAAGGUCAUCAAAAGAAGAAAAUCCAUCGAGACGAUUAAAAGCAAUAACACCGGUUUCUAAUAAAUAUUGUCAUUUCUGUAGCAAGUUUCUGUAAAAAAA